CCGACCGCCGCUUCACAGUAAAAGAAGUACUGUUUUUUUUUUUUUUCAGCUGGACGACAGUGCAGAGUCGUACAGAACGAUGGGUCAACCUGAGUCUUGCUGACCCUUCACCCCGCCACCACCCAGCCAUCCAUCAACAUGCAAGGGUUCUACUCCAAGCUGGACUCCUCCCCACUGCUGGGGGUCGGCCUUCAGGGAGAGGGCGCCCCCGUUCCUCUCAACCUGGCGGUGGAGACGGAGAAGGCUCAGGCCCUCCUGCAGACCUUCAGCUCCGCCUCUCUGCUGGCGUCAGCCGGCCUGGGCGUGUUCUGCGUGGUGGCGGACCACGCCCUCCAGCUGCCGCUCAUCCAACAUCACCUGUGGCUGCGUGCUGUCCUGGACAAUGCCACCCACGCCCUGGUGGGGCUGUGGUCCUGGGCCGUGGUCAUCGGGCUGAGGAAGAAGAGUGACAUCUACGAGGUUCUGUUGGCCGGUCUUCUGGCGUCAAUCAUCGACGUGGAUCACUUCUACAUGGCUGGGUCGCUGUCACUGAAGGCCGCCGUCUCGCUCCCUCAGCGUCCUCCUCUCCACUGCUCCUCCCUCAUCCCCGUCCUGUGCCUCUCCCUCCGCUUCCUCAUGUGGCUCGGACGCCUGAAGGACGCUUGGUGCUCCUUGCCCUGGAUGCUCUUCAUUUCCAUGGCCACGCACCACGUACGGGACGCCGUGCGCCACGGCUUGUGGGUGUGUCCUUUAGGCAACACGGCCCCGCUUCCCUACUGGCUGUACGUCAGCACCACGGCGACGCUUCCUCACCUGUGCUCGGUGCUCAUGUACCUGACGGGUACCAGAGACGUCAUCUCCACCAAACACGGAGUCGCUAUUGAUGUGUAGCGGCCACGCCGUCUUGGUCUGCUGAUGCGACAAAUGAAUGGUGACAUAGUCUGUCCAUCGAGACACAAAAGAGUGCCAAUCACGGGUGUUGUUUCUUCACAACCUUUGGAACGGAGCUCUUUAUUUUCCUACCUAAAACUUGUCUUUCACUCUGCCAGCAAUAUUGAUUCAGGAGAACAUCACUUUUAGCUACACUUCAUAGCUUCCCCUCUCUGCUUCUACAGGACAAUUUUAUUUUUCCGGCCUUAAAGGACCGUGUGUUGGAAUAUUUAACAGGAGUAAUGCACAAAGGGAACCAAGAAACUGGGAAUGUUUCAUAUAUUUUGACAGUUAUUUAACAAAAUUCUGUUAUUUAUUGUGUAAGAGUGCUACUGAGCUAAGAAUCUUCAAAUUGAACGUUGGACUUUGGUAACGUUUUGUCACACUGUGAGUACUGUGGCAGUGGUUAGCGUAAAAAAGACAUUUAGUGUUUGAAUGUCAUUGCUUUUGUUGUAAUUGAACUUUUAUGGUUCCGUCAAACACCCGCUUUUAUUCGAUGCCUAAAAUAAAGCUUGAAUGCUUUGUGCCACAUGUGACAACAGCCAUGACAAUAUUUGUCCAGCAGAUGGCGACAAGGAACCAAAGGGAAGCUAGUCAUUUUUCCAUAACGUGCUUUUUAAAAUAUUGCGUUUUUCCAAAAACCAAUGAAUGAAUGAUUGUUGUUUCGUGGUUGACUUACGGUCUGUUAUUAGUUUAAAAACAACACAUAUGUAAACAUUUUAUUUAUUGCCCUAAAUUAAGCAUUUUCAAGCAUAAAAAUGGCUACUAACACGAGCUGCAGUUGUGGGAUUGUCCACUGCUGCGAUACGUCAACGUCGCCGCCAUGUUGGAUGGGUCAAGGCUGCGCUGUGAAUGCACUUGCUUUCAUAAAGCGCCUUUCUACCGGUUUCCCAAGUAUAUUAGUGCGUGUGUGAAUGUAUAAAGGAGAAUUAAUAACCUAGAUUUCUUUGUAGAAAGGCGCUUUAUGAAAGGAAGUAUAUUGACUUGUAUUCACUGGUUACAUGCGCUGUACAUCGGUUAAGAGUACUUGUAUAUACAGUAUAUGAAUGUGUGCAGGGCUGCAACUACCGAUUAUUUUGUGAGAGCUUGGGUCGAUGAAUCGAGUUAUGUGCGAAUAUGUUGUUUUGCCUAACACACAAAGAUAAGUCUGCUUUCAUGGAUCAAUUUAAAAAUAGUCACAUUUGAGGAUGAAAUUAGAUAUUUACAUUUUUACGAGAAAAAACUAUUAAUUCAAUACCAAAAUAGUCCAUAAUUAGAUGACCCAUGAAUCACCGAUUCAUUGUUGCAGCUCUAUAUAUGUUACCAUUCAACCUGAUUGAAACCCCUGGAUGGAAGACGGUUAUUUUGUACAUUUUUAAUUCACUCUUUCAAUUUGCUUUAACUUUGUAAUUUUUUUUAAAGGCAAAGCUGACUUGUAUUCGUAACACAUGAUGUGUAAAUGUAAUAUAAUGCACUAAUAAACACCCUGAACGAAUAAAGUGUGA